UGUCGUGCUCGUAAAGAGUGUUCUUACCUAUACUUCAUAGCUUCACUAGCCGAUUUCGCUUCCAUACCACCUCAAUCCUUACAAUGCCAUUACUUCAGUUUAAAGCGGGAAAACUGCGUAGAAAAGAAGGAACAAAGAUCCUUCAGGCAGACAAAACCAAAGGUUAUGUGGAAAUGAACGUCGAGGAGGACGGUCUUAUGCACUUCUCAUGGCGUCCUAGAAACACUGAGGUGAAAGAAGAUGACGUUGUAGUUUUUCCAGACGAAGUUGAAUUUGAACGGGUGUCCCAAUGCAAUACAGGUCGAGUCUACAUGCUUAAGUAUCCAUCCUCUUCGCAAUGUUUAUUCUACUGGAUGCAGGAACGGGAUUCUGGGAACGACGAGGCAUACGAGGAGCUUGUGAACUAUCACAUCGAGCACCAGCCGUUGUCUGAAGAAAAUGAAGGAGACGAGCCACAUGAUAUGCAAGUAGAUGAAGAGACUGUUCCCACCGUCGUUUCCGAAACGCCUGUCACUCCAGCGACAGCAGCAGCUGCAUCUGCAACAGACUCUGCUCCUCCUCCCAACCAAGCCAGUUCACAGCCACAAAACGCAGACGCCAUCCAGCGCAUUCUUCGAGCCCUGCAAAGUGCCGGUCCUCGCAACAAUGUGGACCUGUGGGACGUGCUGAAACCAGCGAACGUGUCUCCGUUGCUGCACCGGUCGCUGCCUGAGGCAUUGCAGCAGACCCUACCUCCAAACACUGAAUCCACGUAUGAGGGUGUGAUGGAGGUUGUCAGCAGUCCGCAAUAUGCCCAGGCUCUUCAAUCCUUCCAGUCGGCUCUCAAUUCGCAAGGCGGUCUCAACAUCCUUGCUGCCUUGGGUCUUCCCGUCGACUACACCUCGAGCGACGGAGCGUCUCUCCAGCUCCUUCGAGCCAUUGAAAAAAAGGUGAGGGAGGAGGACGUAAAUGGCGGCGAAAACAGCCCAGACGGUACAGCACCGCGGCAAUGAUUUGUGAAUUCAGUUUUAUGGAAUGAAAUGAGUUUAGGUUUACA